AUGGCAAAAUCGUUCACAAAUUUCCCAAAUCUUCCGAUGGAGAUCCAGCUAAAAAUAUGGAAGCUCGCUGCUUGCAAUGUUGCUGAGAGCGACCGAGAGAUCCGUGUCGAGCUUCAUUGUCAUCUUCGAUCAACGUCACACUCAUGCUGGACCGGGACAGGGCAGUUCUGUGGACACCACGGCACAUGCCCAACGUAUCUGCAUGGCCCUAGAGACGGUUCAUGGGCUACCUUUUGCCUAUCCGAUGGCUACUUCACUCAGCCAGAAACGUACGCUUCCAUAUCGGAUCCCUUCGCCCAGCGUCAAAUGGCUAGCCUAAGCCUUGCGUGCCGGAAUUCACGGGCCGCUCUUCACCGUGAAUUUCCAACAGAGAUACGUAUUUACGAGGGUAAAUGGCGUCGAGGCGUCCAAGUCCUCACACUGCGAUGCAAUCCCGAGAAGGAUACCUUGGUCCUUAUAGAUGUCCACAUGCCAAACAGCCGCCACGUUCAGCCAGGCAUAAGACCCUUGACAGCCGACGCCAUGUCACGAGCUGAAAGCGACAGAAUAGCUCGGACAUUCCCACGAGACCCUGAGAAGUUCGCUGCGUGCAGAAGCAUUUUAUCCAGCUUCCGAACCAUUGCUAUUCAACAAGAUGGGCAUCGCGGCAGGACGGGCUCGGAGAAUAUCGAUCUCAUCAACAUCGGCAUGCUUGUCAUGCUUUUCAUGGAGUCCAUCACAGGGCUCUAUGUAUGGCCCAACCCUGAGCUGUGGCCCGAGGUUUGGAAAUCUCCUUGCCGAAUUGAGGAUGUUAAGCUCUGGGAUUAUAAGGAUGAACUAGGCAGAGGCGGGUUCGUCGAGGAGGUGGACUAUUUUCUUCGAGAGUACGAUCAAUGGGUUGACGUUCACCAUGACCACUUCGCCCCUAGUGGUGAGCACUGGGCGCCUCUCCCGAGAAAGCUGAGCCGUGUUGGGUGUUAUGUUUGGAGUGCCUAG